AGACCAAAGACAAAAAAAAGUGGGAUUGCCAAGACUGUAAAGCUACACAAAAAUGCCGCAUCUUGGCUUUUUCGUCCUGGCCUGGUUGGUGGCCAGAAGCUGCCAAUUGGAUUGUGAAUCGUCCUCAAGACGCCCAGCCUACACUGACAUCUCAGUGGAAUGCGGGACAGAUUAUAUGAGCCUGUCCAUCCUCAUCUGCCCUGCUAUCUACUCUGGCUACAACGAGUCUCUACUCAUCCUCAACAACAUGUUUAACGACCCAGCUUGCAAAGGAACCAUCAGCACAAAUGUGACUCCACCUGUCGUGAAGUACAGAUUUCCCCUUAACAUGACAAACGCUUGUGGUAGUGUAUUCAUGACAACCAGCUCUGCAGGAACGGGAGUUUUCUCAGACUUCUCCAACAUUCAAACUGUUAACAUCAGUGGUGUAGUCAGAUCGUAUGACCCCACCACAGGAACUGUCACGUACAAUGCUGAACUCAAGUAUUACUACUCCUGUGCCUACCCUCUGGAGUACCUGAUCAACAACACCCGAAUCGAUGUGUCAGCAUCCUCCAUUGCUGUGAAAGACAACAAUGGAAGUUUCAUCAGUACUUUGAGCAUGGCUCUGUACGCAGAUUCUAACUAUACCUCCCCACUGGUCAUUCCCCCUCUGGGCAUUGAGCUUAGAACUAAGGUCUACGUUCAGGUCCAGGCCACUAACCUGACCGCACAGUACUAUGUGCUCCUUGACAGAUGCUAUGCCUCCACCUCUCCUCAUCCUACCAACUCAACUUACUUCAACCUGUUUGUCUCCUGCUCUAGGGACCAGAUGACAAACGUGAGUGAGAACGGAGAGAGUCAACACGCACGGUUCAACUUCCCGGCCUUCCGCUUCCUGGAGCAGCAGAACCAGACCGUGUCCACCUACUACCUCCACUGUAUCACCAGGCUGUGUGAGAAGAGCACCUGCAGCACCUUUAGGCAAUGUCGAAAGAGGAGGAGAAGAAGUGUUGACACAGGCUUGGCCGAAAACGGAGUGACAGAGUCUACUACCCUUUCCACUCGUGUGCCUAUUGUUACAAAAGCUGAAAGCAUUAUGGCACCUAAAAUUGAAGCUCAGACCGCCAGUAAUGAUGACUCCUCCAAGGGACUGGGCGUGGCUGUGGGUGUCCUCACUGUUGCCGUCAUCGUAGUCCUCUGCAUGGCAGCUGUCUUUUAUCGACGCCUCAAGCACAAAUAAAAGCUGAGAUGUGGCUUACUGGGCCUGGAUGACACCUUCCCUGUAAAUAGUGCAUCUGUCUGCUGGUCCCACAACUACCAACUGGGCUUGUUGCUGUCAUUGCUUGUCUAUUUCAAAUAGACAAAAAUAUCUUUAUUUAGUAGUUGUACUUUGGAAAUAUCUUUCUUAUCCACAAUUGUCUGUAAAUUCUAAAGGGAAAAGAAAAAAAUCUAGUUUACAGAGAGAGAAAGACAGAUUUUGCUUUUUAAAGCAUCAAUGCUGCAAUUGACAGGAAGUGUUAAUGCACGAAUGAACUUUGACCAUAAAAAAGGAAAAAAUAAACACAUAUUAGAUUUUUUGGUAGCUUAAACAGAAUGCUACUGCCCAUGAAUAAUAUUGUAAGAAUGGAGAUAUCUAUACAAAUCAGACAAUGAUUCAAUAAUAGUAUCAAAUAGUGGUCAUUCAAAAAGUAAUUGUCUGUGUCCCCAACCUGACGACCAAAACUGAAUAGAAAACAACAUUUUGGUCAGAAUCCAGAGCCUACUCUAUAUGUAAAACUGUCCGGUGUGAUUUUUAUAAUCAAGUUACUAUGCCCUCCAGAGUGUUAUUUAUAACAUUUAUCUUACUGCUUUACUCUAAUAAAAUAGGUUAUCAUCAUUUUAUUUUGUCCCAUGCCCAUUUGCCCAACAGACAAGGUGCCAUUAUAUUAAAAGUAAUUAAUGAUAAAUGAUCACAGAGGGAAUUGAAGCAGUUCUGCCAGGGACUUAAUCA